UGCAGUAUUUUACGAAUGAUUUGUGACGAUGCUGUUUCAGCAUCGUCUAAGAUGAGACAUUUUCUGGCUGUUCUCAUAUUUUCGGGAUGCCUUAAUAAUGGGGCUAGUGGGACCACCUACUGCACCGUAGACGAUGACACACCUGUAUUCAGCGCCCCUGAUCUCGGCUCCAGAGUUGUCACACUGGUCGAGAGGAACACAUGCUUCCAUGGUGACAUGAAGGGAGAAUGGCUAUUCCUGCAAGAUAAUCCAAUUUAUUACAUUCAUGGCUACACAGUAAUCGAGGACACUGAACCAGCCGCUGAUAAAAACGAAGCCAAUGGGUUCCGAGAAUAUGAUCCUAGGAAUAAACAAAAUGUUCGUUCAAGAUGCGUGGAUGUCGAAGGAAUAAACACAUGCGCUGGCGCACGAUCAAUUCCCAAUCACAGACAAGAAAAACGGUUUUUAAUGGGUGAUGCAACAUGGACCCAGUGGAUUGAAUGGUCUGAAUGUAACACCGCUGUGUGUAAUAUCGAGGGAACGAGGAAUCGUACACGACUGUGCUUUGUUCUGAACCCGAAUGCUCAAGCGAAUUGUAAUGGCGGUGACUCGAUACAAUUACAGAAGUGCACAAAACCUUGUUUGGUUGACGGUAGCUGGGGAGCUUGGGAGGGCUGGUCUGUCUGCUACUGUAACGGAUUUCGUCCGCGAUAUCGCAAGUGUGACAGCCCGCCUCCCUUGAAUGGCGGACAUGAUUGCAACGGUUCUGAGUUCGAAGUGGGUAUGUGCAACCGAACAAGCAACACUAACUGUCCAGUUGAUGGAAAGUGGACUGACUGGUCAGCAUGGUCCACUUGCUCCGUAAGCUGUGAGAAUGGAACUCAAUCUCGAAACCGGAACUGUACUAACCCACCUCAAGCUUAUGGAGGAAAGGAUUGUGGUUUAGAUGAUAGCGCGUUUCAGAAUUGCAGUACCUCGAUACCUUGUCCAGUAAAUGGCGCAUGGGGAGUCUGGGAGGGCUGGUCUGUCUGUGCCUGUAACGGAUUUCGCGGGCGAAAUCGCUACUGUGACAGCCCGCCUCCCACAAACGGUGGACAGGAUUGUCAGGAUGUGCGAUACGAAGUGGAAUUGUGCAACAAGACAAGCAAUUGUUCAGUAAAUGGCGCCUGGGGAGCCUGGGAGGGCUGGUCUGUCUGUGCCUGUAACGGAUUUCGCGGGCGAAAUCGCUACUGUGACAGCCCGCCUCCCACAAACGGUGGACAGUAUUGUCAGAGAAUGCCAUACGAAGUGGAAUUGUGCAACAAGACAAGCAAUUGUUCAGUUGACGGUAGCUGGGGAGCUUGGGAGGGCUGGUCUGUCUGCUACUGUAACGGAUUUCGUCCGCGAUAUCGCAAGUGUGACAGCCCGCCUCCCUUGAAUGGCGGACAUGUUUGCAACGGUUCUGAGUUCGAAGUGGGUAUGUGCAACCGAACAAGCAACACUAACUGUCCAGUUGAUGGAAAGUGGACUGACUGGUCAGCAUGGUCCACUUGCUCCGUAAGCUGUGAGAAUGGAACUCAAUCUCGAAACCGGAACUGUACUAACCCACCUCAAGCUUAUGGAGGAAAGGAUUGUGGUUUAGAUGAUAGCGCGUUUCAGAAUUGCAGUACCUCGAUACCUUGUCCAGUAAAUGGCGCAUGGGGAGUCUGGGAGGGCUGGUCUGUCUGUGCCUGUAACGGAUUUCGCGGGCGAAAUCGCUACUGUGACAGCCCGCCUCCCACAAACGGUGGACAGGAUUGUCAGGAUGUGCGAUACGAAGUGGAAUUGUGCAACAAGACAAGCAAUUGUUCAGUAAAUGGCGCCUGGGGAGCCUGGGAGGGCUGGUCUGUCUGUGCCUGUAACGGAUUUCGCGGGCGAAAUCGCUACUGUGACAGCCCGCCUCCCACAAACGGUGGACAGUAUUGUCAGAGUAUGCCAUACGAAGUGUUUGACGGUAGCUGGGGAGCUUGGGAGGGCUGGUCUGUCUGCUACUGUAACGGAUUUCGUCCGCGAUAUCGCAAGUGUGACAGCCCGCCUCCCUUGAAUGGCGGACAUGUUUGCAACGGUUCUGAGUUCGAAGUGGGUAUGUGCAACCGAACAAGCAACACUAACUGUCCAGUUGAUGGAAAGUGGACUGACUGGUCAGCAUGGUCCACUUGCUCCGUAAGCUGUGAGAAUGGAACUCAAUCUCGAAACCGGAACUGUACUAACCCACCUCAAGCUUAUGGAGGAAAGGAUUGUGGUUUAGAUGAUAGCGCGUUUCAGAAUUGCAGUACCUCGAUACCUUGUCCAGAUCAAAUCACAUGUACGUUCGAUGCGCCGUUAAAUUGUACUUGGCAUAACGUUGACUUGUUUGACAAUAUGGACUGGAUUGUGUUCAAUGGCUCGACGAACACUGACGACACGGGGCCUAGCUCGGAUCAUACGUUUGGUAACAGUACUGGCAAAUACAUCUACCUCGAGUCCAGCGCCCCAAGCGAGGAAUGUGACAAGGCCUGGUAUCAGAGUGGCAUCAAACAGCCCGGUUUUAACGCUCCUGCCUGUGUUCAAUUCUGGUAUCACAUGUAUGGUGCUGAUAUCGGAAGUCUCAACAUUUACAUGGCUACUGGUUCCAAGCUUCCAGGGAAAUUGCUGUGGACUGUAAGUGGGAACCAGGGAGAUGUCUGGAAGUCUGGACAUGUACCUUUGAGCUACACUUCAAAUAUUUCGGAGGGUGAUGCAACAUGGACCCAGUGGAUUGAAUGGUCUGAAUGUAACACCGCUGUGUGUAAUAUCGAGGGAACGAGGAAUCGUACACGACUGUGCUUUGUACUGAACCCGAAUGCCCAAGCGAAUUGUAAUGGCGGUGACUCGAUACAAUUACAGAAGUGCACAAAACCUUGUUUGGUUGACGGUAGCUGGGGAGCUUGGGAGGGCUGGUCUGUCUGCUACUGUAACGGAUUUCGUCCGCGAUAUCGCAAGUGUGACAGCCCGCCUCCCUUGAAUGGCGGACAUGAUUGCAACGGUUCUGAGUUCGAAGUGGGUAUGUGCAACCGAACAAGCAACACUAACUGUCCAGUUGAUGGAAAGUGGACUGACUGGUCAUCAUGGUCCACUUGCUCCGUAAGCUGUGAGAAUGGAACUCAAUCUCGAAACCGGAACUGUACUAACCCACCUCAAGCUUAUGGAGGAAAGGAUUGUGGUUUAGAUGAUAGCGCGUUUCAGAAUUGCAGUACCUCGAUACCUUGUCCAGAUCAAAUCACAUGUACGUUCGAUGCGCCGUUAAAUUGUACUUGGCAUAACGUUGACUUGUUUGACAAUAUGGACUGGAUUGUGUUCAAUGGCUCGACGAACACUGACGACACGGGGCCUAGCUCGGAUCAUACGUUUGGUAACAGUACUGGCAAAUACAUCUACCUCGAGUCCAGCGCCCCAAGCGAGGAAUGUGACAAGGCCUGGUAUCAGAGUGGCAUCAUACAGCCCGGUUUUAACGCUCCUGCCUGUGUUAAAUUCUGGUAUCACAUGUAUGGUGCUGAUAUCGGAAGUCUCAACAUUUACAUGGCUACUGGUUCCAAGCUUCCAGGGAAAUUGCUGUGGACUGUAAGUGGGAACCAGGGAGAUGUCUGGAAGUCUGGACAUGUACCUUUGAGCUACACUUCAAAUAUUUCGAUUAUAGCAGAGGCCACUGUUGGGAACGGUUUCCAUGGCGAUAUUGGACUAGACGACCUGAUGUUCACACAGUCGACAUGCUCUCUGUACCCAAGCAUGGCUAACGCACAGUGGGCUGCUACAUGUUCGACCACAACAAUUAGCCCAGGACAUUGGUCUCCCUGGUUUAAUGGCCAAUGUUCUGUAACAUGCGGGAACGGAACCCUGAUACGAAUGCGUCACUGCUCCUCGGGGCACACCGAAGAUUGUGCGGGAACCAGUAGCGAAGUGAUAGGCUGCCAAAAACCUCCAUGUGGAGUUUGGAGCGAAUGGUUCCUCGGCGACUGCUCGGUAACGUGUGGUGACGGCACCCUGUCACGUAUGAGGAUUUGUUCUUCCGGGCACGACGAGGACUGUCCGGGGUCUGCCUUCGACGCCAUGCCUUGCUCGCAGGGGCCCUGUUAACGAUGUUUGGCUCACCGAAAACAAUUGUGGAGACUUAAUGCAACUACAUGUUUAGAUUUGAAAUGUAUUUCUUGCAAAAAUACAAAUAAAAUGAGUA